AUGGAUGCUCAUUCCAUGUCCGUCACCAGCGCUGCACGCAAGAAAACGUCAAGGAUAUACCAGGACCUCAAGACCACCCGGCUUUACGGCGCCUCGCCAAGGAGACUGAGUAUUAUGGAUAGGGUGCUAAAGCUCGAAAACCUCGACCCAAGUAGAAGACCACAUGUCGGAAUCGUCGGUGCUGGCUUCGCCGGACUUAGAUGCGCCGACGUGCUACUCCGGAAUGGUUUCCGCGUCACAAUAUUAGAAGCCAGGAACCGUCUCGGCGGCAGGAUCUUCCAAGAGAGGCUGCCUAAUGGUCAUUUGAUAGACAUUGGCGCUAACUGGAUCCAUGGCACAACUGAGAACCCAAUCAUGGAUUUAGUCAAGGAGACUAAGACAACGGUUGGCGUCUGGGAUAACCAUUCGUGUGUUUAUGACGAGGAUGGGCAGCUUCUUCCCCCCGAAGAGGGAGAGAAGUACUCGACCCUGAUGUGGAACAUUAUUGAGGCCGCUUUUGAACAUUCCAACAAGCAUGGCGCGAAUAUCGACCCUGGGAGGUCAUUACUGGAUUUCUUCCAGGAAGAGGUCGUGAAGAGGAUACCAGACAGCCAAGAGGGCUAUCAGAGGCAAAGGCAGAUCCUCCUUCAAAUGGCCGAAUUAUGGGGGAAUUUUGUCGGUAGCCCUCUCAGCACUCAGAGUUUGAAGUUUUUCUGGCUAGAAGAGUGCAUCGAGGGCGAAAACCUCUUUUGCGCAGGGACAUACAACAAAGUCUUGGAGAAGGUUGCUCAGCCGGCCAUCGAGGGCGCGGAUAUCCACUACCAAACCCGCAUCUCCGAGAUCUACGGCAAGUCUUCGACACAAAAUAACAUGACCAGGGUCAGGACUACCGAUGAACGAGUCUUUGAGUUUGACGAGGUUGUCGUCACUUGCCCGCUUGGCUGGCUGAAGAAGAACCUGCAAGCCUUCUACCCGCCGCUCCCUGAGCGGGUCUACAUAUCCUUCGGCACCGCCUUCUGGCUCACGCCAUCCCCAAACGACAACCGCAUAGUCCAAGGCUUCUGCCAAUGGCUCGCCCCAAAUUAUGCACCAGACUCCAACCCCAACCGCCACCUCACCGAGAUCGUCGAGCUGGGCUCCCUCGGCGCCGCCGCCCACCCAACCCUCCUUUUCUACCUCUACGGCGAGCAGUCGCAACACCUCACCACCACCCUCCGCUCCUUACCCUCCCAAAAAGAGCGCGACUCCUUCCUCCACGCCUACUUCAAGCCCUACUACUCGCGCCUGCCCUCCUACGACGAGGCCAGCGCCGCCUGCCAGCCCACGGCGUGCUUCGCCACCGACUGGCUGGGCGACGAGCUCGCGGGCCACGGCAGCUACAGCAACUUCCAGGCGGGCCUGCGCGAGGGCGACAGGGACAUCGUCUCGAUGCGCCACGGCGUGCCCAGGGAAGGCGUGUGGCUGGCCGGCGAGCACACCGCGCCGUUUGUGGCGCUGGGUACCGUCACGGGGGCGUAUUGGAGUGGCGAACAUGUGGGGAGGAGGAUUACGCAGGGGUACUGGGGGGCGAGGGAGAGGGAGAAGGAGAGGGGGGUUGGGGUGGUUGGGGUGGUUGAUGGGGAGAAGGGGGGUGAGGUGCAGGGUUAG